AAGGAGUCCUCUAAAAUUUCGACAUUAUGUUUAUCUCAGAUUCGGUAUCCGUCUUUGCGGAAGGAACGUACGAGGAACAGAUACAUGAGCUUGUAGAUUAUAUUGCUCGAAACCGCUCUGAAGAGGAUCGCACUGCAUUAACUCAGUCAUUUCAGCAGCUUUUGAAGACGGACGAAGGUGCAAAAUCUUUGGAUGAAGAUGAUGACAGGAAGCGCACAAUUUUCUCUGCGGUGCUGAAUGAAGUGAAAGGUCUAGGGGACGGAAAUGAGAAAGAAAUUGAGGGCUUCUUCAACCUAUUAUAUUCUCAUCUAUUCUCGCUCUGGGAUUCUGAAUUGGAUGGGGCGAGGAAACAUGUAACAACGCUCCUUAGGAUCAUCUCAUCUUCAACAUCAGAAAACCCUGCACCGAAAUAUCGCAUAUUGUCUAAUCUGUUCAACGCUACACCACGUUCAUCGGCUCUACGCCUUCCAAUCUACACUACUUUGCUCCAGAUCGCCACUUCGAACGGCAAUCUAGACAUAUUAUGCCUUUCGAAGAAGGAUGUAGAACAGUGGUUGCAGCAAUGGAAUAUAUCUGCCGAAGAGAAGAGCGAGUUCCUCAAAAGUAUAAUAGAUGCACUGACAAAAUCUGGGCAGCAGGAGGCUGCUUAUGAAUACACUCUGCCUUAUCUCGUAUCUCUGCCACCAUCAUCGCCCUCAAGCCAACAAGCAGCAGUCGAUGCAAUUGCUACAGCGCUUCGUUUACCUUCCAUUUUCGACUUUGACUCGCUCUUCAAACUCGAUGCGGUGGUUGCCGCAAAGGAUCACGAACUGUUUGGCCUCCUUCACAUAUUCCUCAGCGAAGGCUUAACAGAGUUCAAUACUUGGGUUGAAAGUCACGCCGAAGGGAUUACAAAAUAUAAUUUGGAGAAAAGCCAGCUGGAGCGUAAAAUCAGGCUUCUAACGUUCGCAUCACUUGGGUUCGACAAUAUCGGACGUGAUCUUUCAUAUGCCCAGAUUGCUUCCACUUUACAAAUUGACCCUACGGAAGUGGAGAAAUGGUCUAUCGACGUCAUUCGCACCGGCUUGCUCUCUGGAAAACUAUCGCAGACUGCGAAAACUUUGUAUGUCACAAGGUCUACAGCACGCACGUUCCAGCGUGAACAAUGGGAGGUGCUUGAGAAACGCCUUGCGAGCUAUAAAGCGGAUCUCGCAGGUGUCCUUGAUGUAGUCAUCGCCGCCCGGAGACGGCAUAAUGGCAAUGUUGUUUCAGCACUACAACAAGUAUCUGAGGGAGGUAAUCUUGAUAUAGCUGCAGUGCAUGGGGUUGUUGCUGCUACUGCCGCAGCUGCUUAAAUCUGGCGAAUUUGGGUGGAGAAUCUGCGAAGGAAUGAUAGCUGUACACAAAUACAUUAAAUAUUGUUUACACCAUGCUUCAUCACAAGGCGCAGAUUUUUGCGUAAUGUUCAUUAAUCGCGAUUAG